UAAAAUCCUCUGAUUGGGGUGAUCGACCUAAAACCUCUCCUAAGGAAAGAGUUGAGGGUCCAAUCCGCGACAGGGAGGGUUGAGCCCACCUAGCAGUAGCAGUAAAGGGUUCAACCUGAAGCAGUAAUAAAUAAGAAAUUGAUAUAUAAUCCCUACUAAGAUGGCCGGGUUUAAUAUCAAUUCUUUUUGCAUCUUGUUUGUUACUUUUGCCAUAAUAUUCCCCACCAUCUUGGGUCACAUUGCUGAGUUCGACGAGGUGUGGCAACAGCGUAAAAUAGAAGCCUGGGAGCACGCCCUCAGAACAUUCGAGCCCGAUCCUAAUAACGUUACUGCUGCAUUCAAUCACGAAGUUCACAGGACGUUGUUGGAUUCUGAAAAUGAAUUAGCCAAAAAGAACGAUAAUGUAUCAGACGACACAAGGAGGCAGCUAGGUACAAAGCAUAAGCAUUACCAUGGACCGUGUAAUGCCACAAACCCAAUCGACCGUUGCUGGCGUUGCCAAGCCAAUUGGGCUAACAACCGGAAGAGAUUGGCCGAUUGCGGAAUGGGGUUUGGGCGCAAAGCCAUAGGCGGCAAGCACGGCGGUUUCUACAUCGUUAAUGACAACUCUGAUAAUCCUAUGAAACCCAAACCUGGAACUCUCCGACAUGCGGUGAUCCAAAAGCAACCCUUGUGGAUAAUCUUUGGACGAAGCAUGAACAUCAGACUUAUCCAAGAGUUGAUGGUUACAAGCCACAAGACUAUCGAUGGGCGUGGGGCCCAAGUUCACAUCAGUGGUGGGGCCGGGAUCACCCUCCAAUUCGUGAAGAACGUCAUCAUCCAUGGCAUCCGUGUCCACGACAUCGUCGAAGGUAGCGGUGGCAUGGUCAGAGACUCGGUCGACCACUUUGGAUUGCGAACUAAGAGCGAUGGCGACGGUAUUUCCAUCUUUGGUUCUUCGGAUGUUUGGGUAGAUCACGUGUCCAUGAAGAACUGUUAUGACGGGCUUGUUGACGCCAUUGAAGCAUCCACCGGCGUCACUAUUUCAAACGGCCACUUCACCGACCACAACGAGGUAAUGUUGUUUGGUGCAAAUGAUUGGUCCCCAAAAGACAAAAUCAUGCAAAUCACCAUUGCUUUCAACCACUUCGGGAAGAGAUUGGUUCAAAGAAUGCCGAGGUGCCGAUUUGGAUAUAUCCAUGUGGUGAACAACGAUUACACACAUUGGAACAUGUACGCCAUUGGAGGUAGUGCGGACCCCACCAUCAUUAGUCAGGGUAACAGGUUCAUCGCUCCCCUAGACAUUCACAAAAGAGAAAUAACUCACAGAGCUGCGGGGACUCCACAACAAUGGAAGCAGUGGACAUGGAGAUCACAAGGAGAUAUAUACAUGAAUGGAGCUUUCUUUGUUCAGUCUGGGGAUCCAAAUUUCAUGUCAAAGCACAAUCAAUUGUAUGAUGGUGUAAAGACAUUUAAAGCGACGGAAGUGACUUGGCUUACUAGGUUCGCAGGGGCACUGAAUUGCAAGCCAGGAGCACCCUGUUAGAUUAUAUAUAUUGUUACAUUUUUAUUAUGUCGUCUCUUUGUUCCCCAAUUGGGAAAUUUUGUAAUUGCUCUUUUAUUCCAUGAAAGAGCAAUUCACUUUUGGGUUUGAUUAA